CCCUAAUCCAGCUCUACAUACCUCGGAAUCCCUUCCAGCGAGGCCUCCUCUCUCAGAUGAAUGUCCAGUGCCUUACCGCAUCCAAAGUCACGAUCGAGCUCUCAUUGAGGCAAUUACUUCAGCAGGCUCGGUUAGAAUUCGAUCACGGCCGUCGCCACAAGGCGGACCGGCUCGUUGAGAGCAUCGUUUGCUUAGUCACUGAAGAGGUCGCCCGAGCAUACCAUCAACAUAUGCUUUCCAAGUUACAGCUGUACUGGGGACGGCUUCGCACCCAAGUAGGAUACAAUAUUCUGCCCCGGCUUCUUAAGCGUAUUAGAACUCAGCCUACCACUCAGUCCGAAGCAGGGCUCCUAAUAGUGCAGACCAUUUAGACUAUUAGUGCAGACUGCAGAUCAGGGCAGGGAAUACGGACGCCCG